GACCUACUGCGUCCCCCAGAACGGCGAUGGAUAUAUAUAUAAUGUAGGACCUCCAUAAAGCGAAACCGAACUGGCAAAUGUAUACGGCUGUCAUCUUUCUUUCGCUGCCAGCGGGUCCGAGAGUGAAAGUCUGACAUCAUUGACACGGUCCGCAGUCCGCAUUGCCGCCACUUCAAACGAUGGAACGUUUUUGGCGCUGCCCUUUUUCUUUUGCUACAUCUCUCCUCACGACAAAUUCUAUAAAUAGUCAGUUGUUCGAUGGCCAUCGAGGAAAAAUGAGGAACGUGUCGGCCGAUGAAGGAGCUGAUGAUGAAGCCGAUCACUAUGCCAGGAAUGCCCGGGCAUAGUUCGAGAUCCAAUGAAAAAUCCACCCGCUCUUGAUGGGGUUGAUUAUUAUUAUUUGUUUUUUAAAGCCUAGUAGGUAUAUAUAUAAGUUGUCAAAUCAUUUGAGUAUUGCUUGGUUUUAGUUACACUUAUCUUAAUGGGAGUUUUCUGGGUGUUCAAUGUCCGUGAUCGUAUAGGCCGGUCUGGGUGGUGGCCAUUAUCAUCGGUCAUUGACCAAAUAGACACAAAACACCGUGAACCAAUGAUACUCUCUCUCUCUCUCGCUUGUGCUUUAGUUGGUUGCAUAACGUUUUGGCUUUGAUCCAUGCCGUAACUAACGAGCCGCUCUCUCCCGGGCCGUGGGUCUUUAUUCCGUUCCACCCAGUCCCGUUUUGAUAUUUAAUCUAGUGUGCGCAAUAACAGUUUCCCCCCCACCAAAAGCUCAUCGGGCGACCGAUUAAGAUUAGAGUUGAAAGCAAAUUUCAUUUCUCCCCUUUAACGAACCGUACGGCGAUGCUGGCCCUCGACAAAAAAUCAAAAAAUGUCAGAGAAAAUGUAACAACAUGAUGGACUGUGAUGACAAACGGAUGGUUGAAAUGAAACGUCGGAACUCGGAAUGGUUCCCCUAUUACACGAAACAACAACGUCAAAGAACACGAUCAGUUUCCAGGAUUAUAUUUUGCGCAUACAAACAAAAAACAAAGCAAAAACAAACCGAAAGCGACGGUCCGACCGAAUAACCGACGGGGCUCCGUGUAGUAAAUCGCCACCAUUCCUCAAAAAUCUCUGAGAAACACAUUUUGUUUGGAGAACGGAACGCGAAAAACGCGACCUGGGAUUUUUUUUUUUUGUUUUUGUUUUCCUACUUUCGAAAAGAGAAGCUUCUUCUCUAGGAGAGAGACGGCCGGGCCGGCCAGCCGCUCGCGUAGCUCGUAAAUCUAUAUACAAAAGAUACACGCACAACAGCCAAAAGGAAGUUAUUGCUCCGUCAUCUCGUGAAUGCCGACACUUAUCCGCGCAAUGUGUCGUCACAGUUAUUGUUAUGACGUAUGUGUAAUGUGAAAUGACGAGGUGUCCCCCCUCUUGUAUACCAUCGUCGUCAUUGUGUGUGUUUGUCAAGGAAAUAUUUGUGUUUUACUUUUUUUUUUUGCAGAGUUACUCCAUCGAUGAUGAAACUAUUUUUCUGGGUGGCCUAUACAAUCAACCCCGAAGUUGCGAGCCUUCAACACUCGGCAAAGAGAGAGAAAUUCGAAUAAUUCAGCGCGGGUAGUUUGAAUUGUUAUUUUAUUUAUUCGUUGGGGCUUGGAAUGAUUAUGAAUGUUCGGGUCGUCGUCAAUGCAUCAGCAUGCUCUUUUCACGUGGCUCCUGCUUGUCUGAUUGGUAAUAAAAAUAAGCUGGAAAUAGUGACGACGCUUAUUCUCCCGAGCGCAGCUCAGCAUCAUCGUUGUUUGUGCAGUUUUUAGAAACUUCAACGAAGGGUUGUGGAUGGAGACGUGGGGCUCAUCUUUGGUGACGUCUAUGAGCUCCCCGUGCUGAUUUAGCAGUUCAAAGUCGGCGGUUUCCUGGCUCGUCGCACUGGAAAUAUAUGUUUUUCGUCCAUCCAUUUGCCUUGGAAGGGGUCAUUGGAACUUUCCCGUCCGCAGAAAAAAGUGAAAAGUUGAAUCGACUUCGUCACAUGUCAGUUGGCUCGUAGCCCAAUUUGUGUAAGGAUGUAUAUCAUAAUUCUCUCUACAUAUUUAUUUUUUAGUCAAAGACCGUGAACCGCAAGGUAAUUUGUGUAUACUUUUUAUUACAUCGCACGGGUGAUUAGUUUUAACGAGGUUUUUUCUCUUGAUUUUCGUUCGCUUUUGAGUUUGAAAAAGCGACGCCAUCUAGCUUCGGAAAUAUGUACUACGUAAAAAGUUUUACAGCAGUCGACAAGUAUCAGUCUUAAAUUUUUUCGAAUCUGUAGAAAUGCAACUCGUGUUGACAGUCGAGGAUGUAUUCUAUAAUCCAGUGGAUGAAUGGUUUUCCAUCAGUCUUUAACAGUAUUUUGUUUUGUUUUCUUGUCUGCAGAAUUUAAUUUAAGUUAUCUGCAUUCUACAAAGUCUAGUAUUGUAAGAAGGAAAUUGUACAAUUGUUGUGAUGAGUUAAGGAAAUGGAAAAUGAUCCUGGGUAUUUCACUGCAACGCUACCUGAAUCUUCCUCUGAAAUUGAUGGAGAAUUGACCAUUCUAGUGGACAAAGAUGGGGAGAUGGUGCUUGAUAUUACUCAGACGCUGUCAAAUUUUGUUGACCAAAAUCAAGAAGGCAGCCUAGUGAUUAUCACAACUGAUGAAUCCAGUUCUCAACUCGACAAUUCAUCCAUUACUUGUAAUGUGUCACAAGAAAAUGCAUGUGACAAUUCUUUUCAGUUGCAAAAUACUAGUGGUUUUGUCGAUGAUUCACAUCUAUCCAUCCCUCAAGUGCCUACAGUGGUUUCAGACCUCAAUAAAGACCAAGCACAAUUUUUUCUACCGAGCAAUACAUCAGAUGUAAGCAACUAUGUAUCUCCAGUAUACAUCACAGGAGAAGGGCAAACACUAUUUCUUAUGGAAUCUUCAUUGCAAGGAGCCUCUAGUCAAGUCAUUACAAUCGAUUCACAGACGAAUUUCUCGGACGGAAACCAUGGUUGUGAUAUCACCAGUAGUAAAAUUCGCCGACUUCUUCCGAAACUGCCCAUCAGUAAUUCCACAGACGCCCAACCAAAUACUCCCGCUGCUCUUGGUCAGAAGAAGCGUCAUAAAAAUAUCUCAACGUUAAACUACGAAAUCUGCCCCAUGAAUCCUGAUGUGGUCGUCACAACGGGUGAUGGGCCUACGGCGCAAAAGUUUUUUGUAUGCGACAAGUGCCCCACAAAAGAACCUAUGAAAUUUGCACGUUUCGAAGAGCUUUCUCGCCACUACGGCAAGAUACAUCAUUUGCGGCUCGUGAAAAACGCAUCUGUGUAUUGCAAAGAAGAAAACUGUCGCUUCAAAUCUUGGAGAGUUGACGAUCUCAGAAAGCACUUGACCAUGGUCCACGGAUUCCAAAUGGAUAGUCAAAUUCACAACUUUACGUCGAUGGAAGAAUUCAUGGCAUGGAAAACUUCCGAAGAGAAAUCCUCGGCUAGUAAAUUCAAUCGGUCAUCAGGAGAUCAGCAAAUCAGGCGAUCAGACAAUCAAAAAGUUUCGGUGUACAUUUACUAUGCUUGCAAUCGCUCCGGAACAAAGCGGAUUAGAGCCUGUAAAGAGAGCGGCCAAAAGAAAAAAUCUAAUAAUAGGCCAGACAGUAUCAAGAUGAACGGAACCUGCACAGCUUCAAUUCGCCUUAUUCACGAUAAAGUGUUAAAUCGAAUCUCGUGCGACUAUUGCCCAACGCACUACGGUCACGAUAUCAAGGAGCCACAUCGACAGAAUCUGAGCAAACAGGAGAAGGAUUGGAUAUUAGAGUUGCUGCGUCGAGGUUGGAACUCGGACGAAAUCGUGAAAACCUUACGAAACGGCACCAUAACCGGAACCAGUAUACGAAUGAUGAGUGUGACACGGCAGGACGUGUUUAACGUUUGCCGAUCUCACGGUGUCGCGAACUUUGAGCGUCGCGAUCCAGACGACAAGAGCAGCGUGAAAUUGUGGGUGGAUGAGCUGCGGUCCAAAUCGUCUGUUCUUAUCUGGAAUCCAGAAGACAAUGUUCUUCUUUUGGCCGUGAUGAACGAGAAUCAAACGGUACUCGCCCGAAUUCAUUCUCGCAUCGUUUACGUUACUGACAUUUCCUUCACCUGGGACCGCCAUCACCGCCUGAUUGCGCUAAGUGCUUUGUCUACAAUAGAUGACGAGGCGUAUUUGCUCGCUUACGCCAUAACAGAUCAGGAUGGACUGGAAGCCUUGCAGGCCGUUUUCGCUGCAGUUCAAGCGAAAUUGGGGCAAACGUUCCAACCAGAAUUCGUCUUUUCUCAAGAUCCGUCAAGAGUAGCUGACGCCUGGAUACCUGGAACGGAUAGCUUUCCGAUCUUUCUUUGUCCGCCGUGGAAUGUGGAAAAAGAAUGGGAUGAAGGCCGAGUCAAGUACAUAGAUAAUGAUCUGAAGCGAGAAGCCGUUAAGAAGAGUUUAGACAUUUUGCUGGCUGAAAGCGAUCCCUCGAAAUUUUCUACUUUCCUUCAGCUCGUCAACGGCAUGUUGAAUGCAGAUGAAAGUCUGCAUCAAUUUUCGCAGUUUUUCGUCACGAGCUACGCCCAGCAAGCUGCCCACUGGUCGAGGUUUCAUCCACUACCAGACUGCUCCUCGCUUCAACGGCUAAAUGUCGAGUUGGAACUGAUAGCUCGUCGGUGUAGAGCGCUCAAACGCUUGGACAAGUGUAUAUACUCUCUCGAAUUCCUGUCCUCCAACCAGCCUUAUCAACCAAUGACGGAAUUCCGCUGCAGCUCCACCCAAAAAGAAUCACAAGAAGUAUGCAAUCUACGCCGCGCAAUCGCUGAACAAAUGAAAACCCUAGAGCGUGUCGCUCAUGAAUGUGAUAACCUGGAUGCCCUGAAGAGAAUCAAUGGGGCCAUCAGACAAGCUUUGGAGUAAACAUUGUUUCGUCAGAGAAGUGGAAUUGUUUGUAUAUUCUUUGAAAACUUUUUCUACGGUUGAUUUUUUUGAAACAAAAAAGCGGAACAACAACAAAAACAACAAAAAACUUUAAAAUUGGUUUUUCGUAAUUGAUAAAUUGACGUUUUGAGUGAUUACGGGAGUAGCCGAGCAUUUGCUGCCAUUGGUGCCAGCCUUCGCUGCCGCUUGGGCUUCUGCCAACUUUGCCGCUCUCCGUGCAAUGCUUCGCUUAUAUUCUCGUGACUUCCGGCCGGCUUGUGUUUACCGAUUGUUGUUGUCGAAGCAUGAACGCCCUUCUCCCAUCCACCAUCGGCUGCGAGUAGAGGACCAUAUUUUCCAAUCGGGAUUUAGGAUCAACACCUCUCUCCACGACGAGGACAAUGCGAGCCCACUGGAACGUACAA